AUGGUUCGAGCUCGUAAAGGACCGAGAAGGGAAGUAGACCCAAGGUACGACAGCAAAAAUCUGACUGAAGCUUGGUUUAAGCUUGGUCUUAAGGAUGUAGUGCUCGCAGGUAUCAUCAUAGAUACCCUCAAAGGCAUUUAUCAAGAAGCCAGGCCAGUCAAUUUUGUGCAAAGAUAUGACCGAUCACGCCUCAAGGAAGAAGUUUUCGUGGCAUUGUACCAAAUGCCACCGUUGAUCCAAAAUGCAGCCCGGCGAAACAAAGAGCGCACCAUUCACAAUCUUUACCGCAUCAUCCAGCUUCAACAUGCGAAUUGGGAUGGCAGAAUGCUUCCGCCACGUAUUGGGGCGGGACCUAACUCACGUCAUCCGUCACGGCUUGAAAAGCGCCCCGUGUUACCUCCAACUAGAAAGAGACCAACCAGACGAACCAGAAAUCCACCGAAAACGUAUGUUGAGCAGGCCUCCACCUCGGGAUCAGACGACCAAUCCGACAAGCAGUCCAGCAAGGUGUCUGAGUAUUUGAACUCGUCGGGUCCAGCUUCAUCUAGAUAUACUUCUUCUGGUCGCGCGUCACCUGCGGUUUCUUCAUCUGACGAGUCAGAGCUUGAGGAAGAGACUGAAAGGAAAUCUGCUGCAUCCGAAGAUGAAUACUAUGCGGAUUCAGGACCACCUCCUAUCUAUACGCCCCAAACUCAAUAUCAAUCCAGGGAGCCUUCGCCAAGUCCAUCGUCGGAGGAGGCACAGGAAGAGUUCCACAGCGAGUCUAGUGAUGGAUCGGAUGAUAUCUAUGACCUACCGGAUCGAAAUUAUCAUCCAUUACCUCCAGCACAUCCAUUACCUCCAGCACAUCCAUUACCUCCAGCACAUCCAUUACCUCCAGCACAUCCACUACCUCCAUUGCCUCGAUCAUCUCCACAUGUAAACCAUCCUGGGUUGCCUCCUCUUUCGGGAUCAGAGGAAGGGUCCGAUAGCCGGUCUAGAAAUACAUCCUCUCGAUCUGGAACUCAGCCUCGUGGUAUAUCAGUCACACCAUCCAGGAGUGUAUCCGCGCGAUCUGGCAUUCAAUCUCGUCAUCCAUCGGUCUCGGAAUCGGAUGCAUCAGAAGAAUCAGAAGCAUCGGAUGAAGAACCUGAAAACGUAUCCUCUCGAUCUAGCAUUCAGUCGCGCGGUCCGUCAAGCUCAUCGUCCAACAAGGUAUCUCCUCGGGUUGGCAUUCAAUUUAGCUCUCCUAAAUUUUCAUCGCCCAAAAAUGUAUCUUCUCGAUCUGGCUUUGAGUCGCGUGGUCCGUCGAGUUUAUCAUCAAACAAGGUAUCUCCUCGGUCUGGCAUUCACCCGCGCGGUCUGUCAAUUUCAUCAUCCAGAGAUGUAUCCUCUCGAUCUGGAACUCAGCCUCGUGGUAUAUCGGUCAUACCAUCCAGGAGUGUCUCCGCUCGCUCUGAAACCCAGCCUCGUGGUAUAUCAAUGACACCAUCCAGGAGUGUAUCCGCUCGGUCUGGAACUCAGCCUCGUGGUAUAUCGAUCACGCCAUCCAGGAGUUUAUCCGCUCUCUCUGGAACUCAAUCUCGUCAUCCAUCGGUCUCGGAAUCAGAAGAGUCUGACGAAGAGUCUGAGAAUCAGUCUAGAAAAACUUCAUCUCAACCUCGCAUCAAGUCAAGUGAAAGGGUUUCACCGUCCGACGAUGAAUCAGAGGAAGAAUCUGAAAACCAAUCCAACGAUGCAUCAUCUGAGUCGGAGGAAGAACCCGAUGUUCAGUCUAGACCUACAUCUUCCCGAUCUCGUGUUCAAUCUCGUGAUCCUUUAGCAUUGUCUGACGAAUCAGAGGAAUCAGAGGACGAACAAGCACCGGGACUUGAAGAGCUGGACUCUCAUAGCGAGUCCGAAGAAGAGCCUGAGGACCUGACCCAUGAAAAUGAGCCACAGCAAGAAGUGCAGGGAUCCGAAGACGGGUCUGAUGAGGAAUCAAACUCUGAAUCCGUUGCUGAAUCCGAAGCUGAAUCCGGAGCUGAGCUUCAAGCUUCGUCCCAAGCCGUACCAGAGGCUGAGUCUGAAUCCGAGUCUGAAUCCGAAGCUGAAGCCGAGCUUGAAGUUGAAGCUGAAGCUGAAGUUGAAGCUGAAGCUGAAGAUGAAUCCGAAUCUGAAGUUGAAUCUGAAGUCGAAGCGGAGCUUGAAGUUGAAGGUGAGGCUGAAGCUGAAUCUGAAUCCGAAGACGAAUCCGAAGUUGAAGGUGAAGUUGAAGGUGAAGCCGAAGAUGAAUCCGAAUCUGAAGUUGAAUCUGAAGUCGAAGCUGAGCUUGAAGUUGAAGGUGAGGCUGAAGCUGAAUCAGAAUCUGAAGUUGAAGCUGUGGCUGAAGUUGAAGUUGAAGGCGAGGCUGAAGCUGAGGCUAUGGAUGAGGAUGAAGAUGAAGGUGAAGCUGAAGUUGAAGGUGAGGCUGAAGCUGAAUCUGAAUCUGAAGUUGAAGCUGAGCUUGAAGUCGAAGCUGAAGUCGAAGUUGAAGGUGAGGCUGAAGCUGAAUCCGAAUCCGAAGCCGAAUCCGAAGCUGAAGGCGAGGCUGAAGAGGAUACAGAUGAAGCUGAAUCUGAAUCUGAAUCCGAAGUUGAAGCUGUGGCUGAAGUUGAAGGCGAGGCUGAAGAUGAAGAUGAUGAGGCCGAAUAUGAAACCGAAGUUGAGCCUGAAGCUGAAGCUGAAGCCCAAGAUCAGUCUCAAGAUAAAGUUAACAGUGUUAAGGAAUCUUCUGAUGUAGCCUCUACAAGCAAGCCGUUUGGCCUUGAUAGUAUUUUUGAUUUUCUUCCUUGGGGAAACAAAAAGCCCGAAGAGAACACCAAAAAGGGAUCUGAUACUAGCCCUCAAGCUGGGCUAGAAUCCGAACUACAGGUUUCAGAUAAGCCUGAAACAGAAGGCACACUUCAUGAGGUGAUUGAGAGUGAAUCUGAGGGUGAAGAUGGGAAUAGCCUUGACGACAAUCACGAAGACCCAACGAAUCACUACGAAGAGGAGGAUGUUUCUGAUAAUGAGGAAGAGGAUGGGGCUGAUAACGAGGAAGAGGAUGGGGCUGAGACUAAAGCCAAUAGCGAGCUGCAGUUUGAAGAUGAAGCCGAGGACGACGCUGCAACUGAUGAUGAUGUCAUGGAUGAGACUCCAGAUAACGCUGCGGAUGAUGUUGCGGAUGAGAAGCACAACGAUAGCGCGGAAACAUUCGACUUCAACAGACCCUCCGUGGUGCCCAAUGCCAAUAUUGAUAUCAUUCGAGCUGAUGAUCCGCAUCGACUUCUACAGAUCAGGCUCAAUGAUCUCCUGAAGGAUCCCAACAAUGCUUUGCAUCAAAGUCAAGAUGGGAACUGGAUCGAUAUUUCUGAAUUGCACAUCAAGGUUCUCCAAAAGGGGUUGAUGAAGGAAGGUUACUUGAGGUUAGGUGCGGACGAUAUUUGGUGGAGUCCUUCCGCCUACAAUGACAUCGACGUAUCUAAAAUCGAUAUUCCACAAGGUAAUGAAAGCAGACUUACCGAGUUCAACAUGGUGACCGUCAUCAAGCGCUCUGUUGACGCUUUCCAUCCCGGACUUGGAAUCGCCAUGGGCGAUAAAAACCAAGUACCACGGCCAAGCUUUUCAGUCAUUAUACGGGAUGCCAGCACAGAAGUUCGUACUCGGUCAAGCAACGGGCCGACUGCUAAUAAUGGAGAUGCGCUUGAAAGUCCCAGUAAGAGGCGGAAGAGGUCUGCGGAUUCAGAUGAAAUGUCUUGGAAACCAACUCUUCAGACACAAAAGGUCUCCUCUGGAAAUAACAGCGCGCAAACUUCUACCCGAAAGCGAAAGACUCGUUCGGAUUCAGAGAACAGCUCCGCCGAUCGACCUGCGCAGAGACAGAAGCUAUCCUCUGUAAAUCAAACUGCUCAACCUUCUACCCAGAAGCGGAAGAGGUCUGCGGAUUCAGAUGAUAUCUCUUCCAACCCGCCUCUUCAGAGACAAAAGGUCUCCUCUGGAAAUAACAGUGCGCAAGCUUCCACCCGAAAGCGAAAGCUCCGUUCGGAUUCAGAACAAAGCUCCACCAAUCGACCUGCUCGGAGACAGAAAGUUUCUUCGGGAAAUCGUAGUUCUUCGCAGUUUGAUGGUGCAAUGGACGAUGAAGAGGAUCCAUUGUCAGCCGAGGACGACCAAAGUGACCUCAAGGGCCAAUUGACGGUUGAGUGCAAGUCAUCCCCUCGCCCUUUCUCCCAUGUCGCCACGGAACCCGAAAUAUGGAGCUUCCGAGAUGUCCUCAAGCCUGAUAUUUGGAAAUUCAUGCGACCUCGAAGCCCGCCAAAGGCGGAUAACGAGUUCACCCUGCAAGCAAAGCUUACUAGCACCGUAAAAUCCUCCGUACCAUGCGGUGGAUUGGGUCUUAACCCGCUUCCUCCAAGACCCCAAACCCCUGCUUUUACUCCGAGUACGGAAUCCUCAAAGCAAUUCCCGUCACCUCCUAGUCCUGUUCAAAGUCCCCCAUUCAUCAGCCAGGCUAGUAUGAGUGCUUUAACCCGGUUGUCUAUUGAUAGUCGAGUCCCAAAUACAACAGUAGCCGAGCCAUUAUAUGAGGAUCUAUAUCCAUUUCAUUUUCAACCACCAUCUCGACUGACGAAUCCAGUGCACGCCAAGAAUUCAUCUAGCUCUAAUCCGUUACCUUCUCUUAAUGCCGCUUCUCCGCUGCAUCCGAUCACGAGCCAAGCGGGCGGCACAGCUUUUAAGUCGUUCAAAAACAUGUUUGCUUAUAUUUUACGAGGCCUUCGUUUUGUGCCUACCAACACAGAAGAUCGCCCCAGUUCCAGCUUUGGGAUGGGUGCAUUGCCUUCCGACUUCAUCCCCAAGUUCAACAUCCCUAUGGUCAGCAGGCCUGCAGCCAACACGCCCAGUGUCUACAGCCGCGCGAGUUCGUUUUCAGCUCUUCCAGAAUCUCCUAAAAAUAUUUCUUCUCCUGCUCUGUCAAAUGAAGGCACUGGAAAGAAGAAAAGGAAGAAUUCGGUCACCUUUGAGAAAGAAAAGCCAAAGACUGAGCAAGAAAAACUCAACGAGACGAUAGCGAAGAUAAAAGAGAAUCUUCAAGACAUAGAAGAUUUAGAGAAGGAAAUCACUUUGCUGCUGGAAGUUGGGGAUGAACAACAGGAGAAGGUUGAAGCUCUGGGCGAGGCAAUCGAUGAAAUGGAGAAAACUCGAGAUAAACUGGAGGACAAGAUAGACGACAUGACAGAAGAGCUUGCGAGACUUCGAGAUGUCAGGGAUGAAUUGGCCAAGGACGUGGAGAGUGUGUGGGAGGAUCUGGAUAGACUGAAAAGGAUGAAGAGGAGGGCAAAACAGGAGGAGCGUCGAGCCUGGUCUCGGAGAGGAAGUAGCAGUACUUCUUCAUUCGGAUCGAGUUGGAGGAGAAAUGAAAAGACGAGAUUAAAAACAACUCGGCGGAAAGACAUCGGAAAACGGCAAAUGAGAGAAUGGAGGGAAGAGCAGGCUCUCUCUCCUAAAUCUCGGAAAGCCCACAACGGAGCAACUGAUGAUUCUGAAAAGAAGAAAAGAAAACCCAAAAAAAGAAAGGAAAAGGAGGGAAACAAAGGAAUACAGCAACAGCAUAAAGAUGGAGAUGGAGAUCAUAUCAUGGGAGAAGCGGAUAAGAAAGAUUCGGAGACCCCGAAUAUUGCAGAAACAGGUUCAAGUUCACAACCCUCAACACUGCCAGUCUCUACCUCGGAGAAUUCAAGCUCCUUGCUUGAGAGUUCGGGUCGGAUUGAUUAUGACGUGAUUAGAGUACAAAAACGAAGUACUACUAUCACAGAUUUCAGAAAAAAGAAGAAAAAAGACAACGGGAAUGGGAAUGGGAAGCGGAAGCGGAAGGACGGCCGGUCCAAAAAAAAAGAAAAACAUACAGAAAAAAAAUUAGAAGCUUGA